CUGAUAUUUACAGCGUUCCUAAUGCUUCUCGCACCAAGGACAGCCAUUCUUUCUGUCGGUCCUUCCCUUAUCCAUUUAUCCUAGACCUAGAAUUACCGCAGACUGUUCAACUUGUUAUGUCCACCGCAACCGAAACGCAGUCUCCUCGGAGGCUGCAACGCAAUCAGACUACUCCGAAAUCCGAGGUACAGGAUCAAAUCAGAAGAGAAGAUUCAAGUCAUGGACAGCGAACAAUGGAGGAUAAGUUCUUCUGGACAUACACCGAAGAACCCCAUCGAACUCGGAGACAGGCAAUAAUCAAAGCGCACAAGGAAGUCUUACAGCUGUGCGGGCCAGAACCACUCACCAAAUACCUUGUCCUAGCGGUCGUCCUGUUACAGGUGACCUGUGCCAGCUUGCUCAGAAACAGUCCCAUAUUCUCGUGGCCGUUCUUUUUGACAGCCUACAUCGUCGGUGCCACGGCAAACCAGAACCUCUUCCUGGCAAUCCAUGAAAUCAGCCACAACCUUGCCUUCCGAACUCCGAACUACAACAGGCUCUUUGCAAUAUUCGCAAACCUGCCUAUUGGCCUACCUUACUCUGCUGGGUUCCGACAAUAUCAUUUGACUCACCAUAAGUCACUGGGUGUCGACGGCGUCGAUACCGACCUUCCCACAGCGCUUGAGGCUAUUUUCCUGGACUCGGUGCUGGGCAAAGCCUUCUUCUGCACCUUCCAGCUCAUCUUCUACGCUAUAAGACCGAUGAUGGUCUAUAAAAUCCCUUUUGGCCCAGUACAUUACACCAAUAUUGUUGCACAGAUUGUCUUCGACGCCCUCAUCCUUCGUUACUUGGGGACCAAGGCGUUUGUCUACCUACUAAUGAGCUCGUUCCUUGCUGGCUCUCUACAUCCCUGUGCUGCUCACUUUAUCUCUGAGCACUACGUCUUCUCCAAAUCCCGCACGGUGAAUGGAAAGAUGCCAAAAGAUGUUCCGAUUCCUGAAACGUUCUCGUAUUACGGGCCUCUAAAUGUGCUCACCUACAAUGUUGGCUAUCAUAACGAACACCACGAUUUCCCUGCGAUUCCAUGGACUCGACUACCUAAGGUUUAUGAAAUAGCGCGGGAGUUCUAUGACCCAUUGCCUUGUCAUGAAAGUUGGCCUUUGGUGCUGUGGCAAUUCAUAACCGAUAAAGAAGUGGGUAUGUGGUGUCGUGUGAAAAGAGCAGAAGGUGGACGCAUCGUUGGUGGCUGGACGGAUGGUGAAAUUCAGAGUUGAUCUUCUCAGUACUACCUGAGGCAUAAAAGACGAGGACAUGACCCGAUAGACAUGAACUAAUUGUACAUGACAAAUGAAUGACGAAGGAGUAUAGGUCCUUUCCAAACGCGUGAAAGCUAUGUCGUUCUUGCUUUUUGAUGAAGGUGAGUGGUCGAGAUGGCCUUGCGUCGCCCACAGUGAUCUGUUUUGCUUUUUUCCCUUUCUUAUCGUUCGAGACAUUCCUUCCAUC